GUGUGAGAGUAACCAGGAAGGGCAUCAUCUUCGCCAGCCAUCCUGGGAUAUCCCUCUCCUCUCCUCUCCCAGCAACCUCCCAGGCUCUCCCAUCCAUACCCCCUCCAGGCGGUAAUGACAAGGCCGGCUGCUAUAACCCGCAUGUAUGGCAGUCGGUUCAUGAUCUCCACUUUGCUGUGCGUUUCAUGGCUGCCACCGCCACCCGUCAUGUUCAUUGUGGCUUCUGGAAUUCGGAGUCCGUGGUACUAUCCCUCGCUAGGAGCAACCGCGGAUACUUUCUCCGAAAUCGAUCUCACUCGGGGCCUGUGUGCUGCUCUGAAAUGGGUCGUCAAGGGGCCCCUUCGGGCCCUCAGGCCUUCAAAGCCUCGGGACAGGCUUGGGACCACGGCAACUGAGCGGUCCUCCUGGGAUGGGUUGCCCUGUCGCGCCUGGACGUGCUCUGGCGCUGCGCAAAGACCCAAAGCGCAUGUUGCAAUCGGUCCUAGCCAGACUACUCUGGUGUUCGAGCUGCCUAGGGUGCCCAGCUCCUCGAGGUUCUUGCCGGCAACUCUUGGUGGGGAGGGGAGAGGGGGGGAAGGCGGGCCAAUCCUUUACGCCCUCAUCAUCUCUCCCUCCCUCUCGCCCUCUCUUGUCUUUGGGUAACUGGAAGACCAUCAACUAGGUACCCCCAGCGUGCUAGCCCGAAAUACACGGAGUGGUGAAUUGUUCUUCGCGUGCUCAUGCACGAAUUCGUGGCCAUGCCGUCAGCCCCGGUCAAUAGCUCGCAUGGCCAACAAGUCGUUUG